AUGGCACUUGAAAUGGUUCUUUCGUUGUCUCCCGCUGCUCUAGCAGUUAGCGUGGUGGCCAUUUUCUCCGCAUACUGGCUGGCAAGCUAUGCCUAUCUAUACUGGCUGCAUCCUCUGGCAAAGUACCCGGGUCCACCACUGGCGGCUGUUUCAGAGCUGUGGUAUGCAUCGGCAUGGACAAGCGGCCUGUGGAAUCGGAGGAUCCAGGAGGCACAUAACCGAUACGGUGAUAUUGUGCGCAUCGCACCCAACGAGCUGUCGUUUGCGACCGCCCAAGCCUUCCGUGACAUUUACGGCGCUGCAUCGAAGACUCGGAAGUUGUUCCCCAAGUCAGAUCGGUUUUAUGACAAUGGCCACCCGAAUAUCGCCUUCGUGCUAGAUCCUGAAGAGCACGCUCGUCAACAUCGAAUGUUUGCACCGGGGUUCCGUCCCUCAGCUGUGCGCACACAAGAGCCAAUUGUCCAUUCCCAUGUCGACCUCUGGUUAGAGCAGCUUGCUGUCCGCGGUAGCAAUGGGGCCACACCAGUCGACGUGUCUAAAUGGUUUGAGUGGCUAACAUUUGAUAUCAUCGGCGAACUGACAUUCGGCGAGUCCUUCAAUGCCACACGCGACAACAAGAGCCAUCCAUGGGUAUCUAUCCUCCUCGAUGCCACCUACAGCGGUUCCAUAUUCAAUUUGCGCAAGCGAUUGGCCUUUGUAGGCCCACUUCUGCGCUGGAUGCCGUAUGUUUCGGUUACAGCACGCGCUGCUGUCGACUCUAUCACACAGCACGGUGCCAUGACGCUCGCCAAGACACGCAAGCGAAUCGAGGCCGGUCCUGCGCAUAGUAAAUCCAGCGACCAUGCUCCAGUCGAUGACUUCUUGGAACACGCCAUUCGUGUUGGUGGAAUGUCGGACACAGAACUCGCUAAUCAGGCUAUGGUCAUGUUGACGGCUGGGGCUGAGACAAGUGCUACCGUUUUGACGACCGUUCUGUGGUACCUCUCUCAACCAGCACAUGCACAUUGCCUUGAACGUCUACAAGCCGAAGUGCGUACAGCGUUUCCCAGCCUGGCUGAUGUCACCGGCGACGCAGCUGCAAAGCUACCCUACCUGAAUGCCGUGCUUGAGGAGACUAUGCGAUUAUUUCCUCCUUCUCCAGUAGGUCCUCCGCGUGUCAGCCCUGCUGGCGGCGAAAGCGUCGACGGCACGUUUGUCCCGGGUGGCGUGUAUGUAUCAGCCGAUGUAUGGACCAUUCACCAUGACGCACGAACUGUGGGAGAACGUCCAGACAAAUUCGAGCCUGAGCGGUGGUGUGACACACCAACGAAGCCAUAUACCGUACCUUUCAGCAUCGGGCCACGCAUGUGUAUCGGCAUAACCCUUGCGUGGGUCGAAAUGCGCAUCGCACUGGCCAAAGCAACAGUGGCCUUCGACUGGGAGCUGGCUCAGCAUACUAGUGGCAGUGGAGACUGGAUGGAGGAGGCGAGGCUCAAGCAGCUGUGGAAGAAGCCGCCACUGAUGAUUCGCUUCCGAUCGUCAGAAAAGGCGGAGUGA